AUGAUAAAAAUAUUUCAUGAUGGCAUCAUAAUUGCUACUAAAGAUAAAAUUUUAUAUCAUAAUGAACAAGCUCUCAGUAUUUUUGGAAUCAAAGAGGAAGAAUUACAGUCCUCAAGGUAUAGUAACAGUGGUGCUAGAGCCAGAUUGAACUAAGAAUUGGGCCAGUAAUAAGAUAUUGAAUAGAUUCCUAAAUUCCUUAUUGAUUAGAUGAAAGAGACCAUAAUUGAUAAUAUAGAAUGCAAAAAUAUGGGAAUAAAUAUCUAACAAAUGUACAGAUUUGAAUUUAAAAAUCUGUGGAACUACCUUGAACACAAAUUUUAGGGCAAUAGAUUUAAUAAUCUUGACUCAGAGGUCAGUAAUAUUGAUGGGGUUCCUUUUCUUGUUGGUAAUGAUUAGCAAAAUCACAGUUCUUCCUAAAAAUCUGAAUAAAAGCACAUUUAGGUAUUUACCUAGUCUAUGAAACAAAAUGGGAAAGAAACAAUUCUGAUAGCUUUGAGAGAUAUGACGACAUGGAUAGAGUUUGAACGCCAGGAAAACCUGAAUAAAAUGAAGACAGUAUUGUUUGCUUAGGCUGCUCAUGAAUUCAGGAAUCCUUUGAAUGGAAUAAUAUCAUCUAUAGACAUUUUGCAUGAUAAAGUCAAUCAUGAGACUGGGGGAAAGUACUAUUAAAUUGCAAAAAACUGUGCAAACCUUAUGCUAUUCCUAGUUAAUGACAUUUUAGAUUUUGCCUAGACUGAACAAAAAAAGCUUGUCUUAAAUAUCGAGAGAUUCAAAAUUAAGGACUUAAUUGAGCAAUGCACUAAUAUAUUACAAUUUUCUGCAGAGCUGAAAGGACUAAAAAUAAUUCUGUCAUUAGAAAAUUCUGCACCAAUGUAUUUUACAACAGAUUAAAAUAGACUCAGAUAAAUUCUUAUAAACCUUCUUUCAAAUGCAAUUAAAUAUACAAGAAAAGGCUUUAUCAAAAUAAUCAUCAACUCUACUGAGAAGCAAACGCUUUAGAUACAAGUGGUAGAUACAGGAGUAGGAAUUAGCGAAGAAAAAAUAAAAACUUUAUUUUCAAUUUUUACAAAAAUUAUGGAAGACAGAGAAUUAAAUAAAUAGGGUGUCGGUUUAGGUCUUUCUAUCAGCAAAAAGCUUGCCUAAGCUUUAGGAGGUGAUAUUACAGUAGAGUCAGAAAAAGAUAUCGGGUCAACAUUUAUACUGCAAAUAAAAAAUUAGGAAGGCUAACUAAAGCCUUCAUUUUCAGGCUAGAGUAGCUCUCAUUAAUAACCUAAGGAUUAAUUAUUUGAUGUCACCAGUAUGAAUUCAUUGCCCCAAAAGCUAAGUGAUAUUUUAAUUACAGUCCCAGGUAAAAGGCAAAGGGCGUUCCAUUGGCUAUCAAGCAUUCAGAGCUAGUCAACUUUAAAUAGACAUAAUCAAUCCUUCCAGACUUAGCAAAAUGCAUUAAAUGAAAUUGAAGAAUCAAAAGAAGAUAUCAAGAGUGAAGCAUUUCCAGAUAUAAAUCUACAGUUAGACUUCCACGAUUAAAUCGCGAGGAUUGACAGCGCAAAUUUUGAAUAAUUUAAUCCUCUAGUUCUUAUUGCUGAUGAUCAACCAUUUAAUCUUCUCUCUUUGGAAGGUUUGUUAGAAUAAUAAGGAGUUUAAGUAGACAAAGCCUUCGAUGGAGAAUCAGCUUACCUAAAGGUCCUUUCUGAUUAAAAAAGGCGUUUUAAUACAGGAAGGGGUUAUAAAUUAAUUAUUCUUGAUAAUGAGAUGCCACUAAUGAGUGGACUAUAAGUCGCUAUUAAAAUUAGACAAGGAUAAAGAAAUGGAAUCAUUGAUAAACAUCUGAAACUUGCUCUUUCUUCUGGGGAAUCCUCUAAUGAAUUUACUAGGCUGCUCUUUAGUUUGAAUUAUGGCUAAGAUCCCUUUGAUUAUAAUAUCGGAAAGCCAGUUAAGUAGGAUAUAAUUAAAAAGAUGCUAUUAGAAUCAGGUUUGAAAAAAAGUUGA